AUGGUUACUGAUGGGAGCAAACCUCAAGCAUCAGUUGCUCCGCCACACAAACUUGUUGUGCUGAAAUUUGCUGAGUCUAGAGCUUCUGAGCUCGAGAGUCUUCACUCUAUAGUUGCAAAUCGUUUGAGUAAUGAUUUCCGUUGUCAAAGGAACAAGCGUCGGAGAACUACUGGGCAUGACGAUCGUGUUGGGAGAAAAAGGAGGGUUGAACUCAGCAAGAACCCUGGGAGUGGGUUUUGUACUUCAGGGGAUGGGAUGAAGAGACUGAGAACGCAUGUAUGGCAUGCGAAGCGGUUCAAGAUGAUAAAACUCUGGGGAUUCCACAUUCCCCUUGGUCUGCAUGGCAGAGGAAGAGGAAGAGGCUCAAGGGCUCUCUUAAAGAAAUUAAAACGUGGAGUGCUUGUGCAUGAUAUGAGCUAUUGCGGAGCUGUCCAGUUGGAAGGUCCAGAGGCAGGCAUCAACUAG